CGCUGCAACGGAAUAACUGUCUUGCCAUAUUGACCUUGGCCUUGUGGCUUUUCCGUAGUAGGGCCGCUUACUAAUUGACUUGAAUCACGGUUUCACAACAUUCUUCACGAUGCAUGCUUAUCGUAUGCCUCAGGUCUAUACCCCGCCCCGCAGUUAUUAACCAUCCCUAUAACCUCCUCACGUACACAUUCUGAUUUCAUAGGCUCGAAGCAUGGGCGACCUAGCAGAAAUAGAGGCAAUGGAACAUCUCGCCGUCAACGAACUUCAUAGUGGCGUUGGAGAUGGUGUAGAUAUGGUAUUUACCUUCAAUGGGAGCCUGAUUUCUGUCUCCAUAUUUCCUAGCAACGGAUCAUCUACAAAGGACACACAAAGACAAGAAGACCGACCACUUCAGGACCAUCUUAUUGAUCUCAUCGAUAAGGCCACCGCGUGCCGGGACAACGACGAGUAUGAGGAGCUUGUGGAUGAGGUCUUCGCCGUUAUUCUUGACGCUGGAAGACCAGUUUUCUCUAAGCUGAUAUCUUCGCAUGAAGCACCGGCUCAAAACAACAAAUCUCUGCAUCACUUCUUAUUCCCUCCAUUCUUCUACUUUCGUUUGGCGGCUCCUAAUCCUACUGGUAGUGUCUCCAUUAUACCCAUCAGCUCCAGUGAAACACACACCAUUCAUACUGUCGACCCUGCCAUCGACCAAGGCUACCAAGAAGAGUUGGAGAUCUGCCAAGAUUUGCCUCGCUAUAUACCCGAGGAAGUCACGGUGACCGAGGUGUUUUUAUGUGGCGCAAGGACUGUUACGGCUGCCGUUCGAGUGCAAGGACGAGACAUGUUCUGCAAGGCGAGUGGUGAACCAAACGGGCUCUUUAGUACCAGUGAGGGACGGGAGUUUGAAUGUCUUCGCAAGGUGCUCAAGACCUUCCCACCGAAUACAUUACAGGUCCCUCGGCUCCUUGGAUAUAUCCAUCAUAAGGAUACCAAACAGAUCUUGGGAUUUCUUCGACAGUGGGUACCUGGGCACAGACUUAGCGAUAUUAUCACUUCUUCCACGACACAGAAGAAGCAAAAAUGGGCUUCCCAGAUCCGCCAAACCAUAGAGAGUCUUCAUCAGCACGGAUUGAUCUGGGGAGACGGAAAACCUAGCAAUAUUAUCAUUGACGAGAAGGACAAUGCAUGGCUGAUUGAUUUUGGGGGCGGGUAUACACGAGGCUGGGUUGACGAGGAGCUAGCUGAAACAAAAGAAGGAGAUGAACAAGCCCUGAACAAGAUUACGGAAUUGCUAAGCAGCGGCAAGAAUAUGUCCUCGUCCUCAUAGAGAAUCAAAGAUCCGAGGAGAUGCAAGGCUUACGUGGUACGAAGGUUCGAUGGUGCAGAUCAACGGCAGUUCCUGGCACCCAAAGCGUUGGGACUUAGCGGCCGCUAGGAUGAUAUCCACCUUGUAUUUUAGCACAGACCUCCUUAGAGCCCGAAUGCAACUCAGCGAGGAAGUGCUGAUAAGCAGUUCGGUGAUCUCGUUAGCAAGAAUCGCCGCAUCUUCAUUGAGCACUCGUUGGCCUAUGGCAUGAAUGUUUUGGAGUAGUUGCCAAGAUAGAAACUCCAAGGUUAGUCGGUUUGUCUUCAGCUGCUGAGCCAUUUUAUGUGCC